UGCCACAACAGGUGGAUCGAAUUUGCAGGUGACAGAACUUUCUGAAGAAGAGACGUCGUCGAACAGUUUACCAGAACUUCUAAACGCCAGUACUUGAAAGAUUGCUGCAAACUCGAACCGCCAACGCCCAACAAUUUUUUCGGGGACUUCUGAACACUUGGAAGAUUGCUGCUAACUCCAACCAGCACCAGAGGAAGCUACAGGAUGGGGAGUACCACCUCAAAAGAAGUAGAGAAGAAACCACUGGACGUGUCUGAUGUAGACGACUCACAGGACAAGGAGUUUGGAAACUAUGACUUCCCGUUCGAGAACUUGGUGAUAGAGGGAGGAGGGGCCAGAGGAGUGGCGUAUGUUGGGGCUCUGCGGGUCCUAGAGUCCGCCGGAAUCCUCCAGAACAUCAAAAGAGUUGCCGGUGUGAGUGCGGGAGCCAUCACUGCGACGUUCGUGGCGCUGGGACUCAGCUGUGCGGAUGUGGCACAGCAGGCUGAGGUGGACAUGGGCAAGAUCCUCAUUUCUGGAGGAUACCUGAAAACCCUGAUGAAGCCCCUCAACCUGUACAGACGGUAUGGGUGGGAGACAGGUGACGGGUUCUACAAGUUCUUUGGAGGCAUCCUUGAGAAGUUCACACGUAAGGAUGGCAAGCCUGGGAACCCAGAUGUCACCUUCAAACAGCUGUACAACAUGAGUGGGAUAGAACUCUGCAUUGUGGUGACGAACUUGGACCAGAUGACAGAAGAAUACUGUCACGUCAAAACCACCCCGAACCUCCCCAUCCGCAAGGCUGUCAGGAUGUCCAUGUCUAUUCCAGGACUGUUCCAGCCAGUGCUGACUGCCUACCACGGAGCAAAGGCGUUCUACGUCGAUGGAGGCGUAAUCUGUAACUAUCCACUCCACUCUUUUGAUGGUUGGUGGCUAUCCAUGGAGAAUGAAGAUUCGUUGUUUAGCAGAUUGGAUGAUCUCGCCCAUCUCAGUAAAAGCAUGCAUCGUUCCAACCGCUUCGAGCCCGUCAACCAGAAAACGAUCGGACUCAUGUUGUACUCUGACGACGACAUUGAGCAGCAUCAGCAAGUUCUCUCUGACCGUCUGACGCAGGCGGAAAGACUGUAUGAAAAGAAACGUCCUGAUACUGAGGCAGCAAGGUCGUACGAAGACAAGAGGACUAUUGAAACAGUCAAAGCCAUGGAGAACAGGAAGAAGAUUCGGAACCUCAUCGACAAACUUCUGACCAGUCUGAAGGGCCAAAACAUAGAGGACACCUCGACUAUCAGUAGGGAGGAACUGCACAGGGCUUUUCUGGAGGCAGGGGAAAACUCUCUGACUGACAAAGAAAAGAAGAAACUCUUCGGGGUGGAAUAUGCAUACAACGUAGACCAACUCUUUGAUCAAAUGGACGCUGACAAAGACGGGAAGCUGACCUUCCAAGAGAUUCACCACUUCUUCACCAAUAGAGGAUUCAGCUGGCUGACACAAGGCAUGGAAAGCAAGAGAGAGCACGUGUCUACUCUCACGGACUACACCCUGAAGUACAUGGAUCUGCUCGGCGUUCUCGGAAAGAAAAUAUACCGCAAGGUUGAUGACAUGGAUAGGACCAUUGGAGUGGAUAGUGACUACGUGAAGACAACAGAUUUUCAGCUGGAGGACGAGGAUAAGAUGUUCCUUUUCAAGAGAGGAGCCACCGGUGCUCGAGCCUUCCUGCGGACAUAUAUCGCAAAGAACGAUCUGAAACCUGCAAGGAACCUUCAAGACUGUGUGCCGUCAUCUCAACUGCUUGAAAAAGUCCCUGUGCCCGAAACACCGUCUACUAAUAACGCUAUCUAAGUUUUAAUUGAAGCGUAUAUGGCCAAUAAUGUCGUCGGUAUGGUUAUGGAGAAAGACGUACAUCGCAAAGAAUGAUCUGAAGCCUGCGCGAAACGCCGCCAAACGCCACAAGAAGAGCCUACAACGCUACGUGCUGUUUUCUAAACGGCUUAAAAAAGACCAUUAGCCCGAAAGCUCAUCUAUAAACGAUAUCUAAGUUUACAUUGAAGCGUAUAUGACCUAGAAUGUCAUGUUUUUUUGUGUGUUAACUGGUAACGAAAAUGACUUUCUUAGAGGUAAUUUUAACCGCUAAAAGACGUCAUGUUUUACAUCACUAAGACAUCUUAGACGUAGAUUUGGUUUGGUUCUUAUUUAAAAUCAUAAUUGCCAGGGGGGCAAGAUCGCUGUGUUACACCGUUUUUUUUUCUUUUGCAAAACAAAGUUUUUAGACAAUUUUAGAAUAUAUUGUACCACCUUUCCGUGAUUACUGGUGAUAAGGAUGUCAUCCAUAUAAUCAAAUCAACAUGGCCUUACAAGAACUUGACUCAAAAUAACGCAUGAAUCAUAUGAAGUUUUGUACACUUAAUUCUUUAUUCAUCCACGCAUAGGCACAUUAAUCACUACUUCACAUUAUGUAUGUACAACACAACAAUAAACAAAUGUUUACUCUAUAUAUGACAACUGAACAUAAAGUCACUGUAAACAUAUUUACAUUUACUAUACAAUAUUACAUGCAACAUCUAUACCAUUGUAAGAAGUUCUGGAGUAAUAGUACACAGCAAAUACUAUACAGGCGAAAAAAAACGAAAGUUUUAUAGUUAAAUGUUCGUUAUUAAGUCAUGUACAGUGCUUGGAAUGUUCGAAGUAUGCCUUUAUGAUGUUAUAUAUUUACUUACCACUUAUAAAAUCGUGACAAUCAUUUUCAAUAUCAUUAUAUAUAGUUAUGUAAUCAAAGCAUGGUGUACGCAAAGUUUUUGAAUUAAAAUUGAUUAAUCUGUUUUUGUA